GGUGCAUGGUGGGGCCUUCGCCUCCGUCAAGCCAGUUCCACCGUCCCCCGCCCCCUCGCCCAGCCCCGCAGCGCCCCAAAGGCGGUGGGAAGUGAAAACGGUUACGGCAUGCGCCCGGCCUCGGCACUGUCUUCGCCCGUGGCGAGCCCCGACUACUACGAGAGGCUGGGCAGCCUCCAACAGGGGCUGCGGGACAGUGAAAAGAAGAGAUUGGACCUGGAAAAGAAACUUUAUGAAUAUAGUCAGUCUGAUAUAUGCAGAGUUAAGUUGAAGUAUGUAAGGCUAAAGAAAUACCUCAAGGAAAUAUGUGAGUCAGAAAAGAAGGCUCAUACUCGAAACAAAGAAUAUUUAAAGCAGUUGGAGUGUAUCCAAGCUUGUGUUGGACACUUUACCACAAAUACAGAGAAGCUUCAAGAACUGAAGAUUGAGUAUGAGGCUCAAAUUGAGAUGCAGCUACCCUCAAAAGAUAGCCUGGGAGUGAAAGGUGAACCAAAGAAUGAAGACAGAGAAAAGGAAAGAUUAAGUCCAGAGAACAGAACCACUGAUUUAAAGUGUGACAGUUCCAGCCGAUCAGAGGGAUCAGAGGGAGAAAUACUGUCACGAGAAUAUACUGAAGUCAAGGAAGAAAGAGCCAGACCACCCGUCUCUCUGAUAUCGGUCUUAGAACACUGUGCAUCUGGAAAUAAGUGUUCUCAAGAGAAGCAUUCUGCUGGGGACGGUUUCUCAGGUCACUGUUGUAAUGGGGCCCCAGAAUCACAGAAGCCCUUCAGAAAAGUGCAGGAAGAGCAGGAAGAGGGAAGUUUGAGCAGCAGCAGUAACCUCACAAUUUCUGUAAGUGAAGAUGAUCUGAUUUUAAAGAGUCCAGAACCACAACGAAAUCCAGGUGACAUGAUGGAGGGAGAAGAUGGAAUAGAGGCCUUAAAAUUAAUCCACUCUGAGCAAGAAAGAGAUGCCCCAUCCACUGAAAAACAUAAUUGUAUUAUGCAAAUCCUGAACUCUCCUGAUUCAGAAAAGGAAUCCUCUACUAACUCACCAACAAGAGAGUAA